UCUUUUUUAUCUAUUUCAGAAAUAUCAUACCCAAGAACAUCCUUGAGGCCACCUUUAUGAAGCAAACCACGAUUCUCGUCGAAAGACAAGCACAAUUAUCAAUAAAUGUGAGUGAAGAAGCAGCCCACCAACACAAGGAAUUUGACAAAAGAAUAGAAUAUGUUCAUGAAACUAAUUUCGUUGGACUUCUCUUUUGUAGCCUUGUGAUAGGAGCUGUAAUGGCAGUUCUAGGUGACCAAGUGAAGACUCUCAAGGACAUUGUGGACGAGAUUAACUUGAUAAUUAACAAGAUAAUGCAGUAUAUCAUGUGGUUCUUACCGAUCGCCAUGUUUUCUUGGAUAUGCCAGGAAGGAAUGAGGACAGAAUCAAUUUCAAAACUAUUUCUUAGUGUUGGAAAGUACAUUGGAACUCUCAUGGGAGGCCUAAUUUUCCAUCAUUUUAUUCUUUUACCUGUACUCUACAUUCUGAUUGUCAGGAAAAAUCCAGUGAAAUUCCAUAUGAAUCUGUUUUCGGCUUUGAUUAUGGCCUUUGGAUCAUCUUCAAGUUCGGCAACUUUACCCCUGACUCUGCAGUGUAUGGAAGAAAAGAACAAAACCAACCACGUCGUUACGCGAUUAGUGCUCCCUCUGGGGAUGACAGUUCACAUGAAUGGAUCGGCCAUGAUGAUGGUUUUGGCAACGAUCUUUAUCGCCCAAAUGGAAGGAGUGGAACUAGGAACUAGUCAAACAGUUAUUUUGUGUUUUGUUUCGCUACUUCUCGUUAUUGCAUCCCCAGGCGUGAUUAAUGCUGGAAAUCCGGUUUACCUCAUCACAGAUCUGGCUGCAGUGGGCAUCUACAGUCAUCAACAUAUCCCAAUGAUACUUGCCUUUGAUUGGUUUUUGGAACGCUGCCGCACAGUAAAUAAUGUGCUUGGAGAUUGCUAUGUUGCUGCUUGGGUUGAAAAAAUAUUUGAAAAGAAGUUUGCUUCAGACCAUUCUCACCAGGUGGCGCAAGAGUUGGAGGAUGCAACCACUGAUAACAAAUGAUUAGAUAUAUAACUAACUGCAAAGAAGAUCAAAUUAAAAAUCAUAUUAUUUGUGAAAAUUUCUAUGACAAAUUGAGUUUUAUUUUACAUAAAUAUUAAUGUUUUAAACAGUGUAACCAGUUUACUUAAAUAAAAGAACAAAAAAAUAUGAAAAUAAACUAGUGAUUUAUAAAAGUUGUCAGUGUAACGGCUGUUAAGAAUGUUGCUGAAAGAGAAGAGAAGGAAUAAGGGAAGUAAGGAAAUGACGGGAGUUUGGGGGAAUCGAAAAAAGGCAUGAGAAGCGAGGCUGAGGAGCAUUAUAGCUGUCAGUAGUUGGCAAGAGGAGACAGGGAAGGUUGGAUUAAAGAAAUCAUGGUGAUGUGUAGAGGAGGGCAACCCCUGCUAAAGAAGAGUAUAACUUUGUGCUUAUUAUCAAAUCUCAUGUGUUUUGUAUUAUGACAAUUAGUCAAUAAAUAUUGGUUUACUUUUCA